CAGUGCCGUCAGAAGAAAGGUUGCACUUGUUUCAACACGUCGUGCGCGGCUGUGACACAAAGCAGAGGGGCAGCGUUUCUGCGCUCAUCUCUCAUCUGUACAGCGGGAGUUUGUGACCCCACUCAGGCCAACCACAUCAACGCCGGGGGAGGAGACGGUGGAGGAGGGGAAGGAGGAGGGUUUGUCGCUUCUGCUUUUUCAUGACAGCUUCUACAUAUGCGUCCACCUCAACAGCAUAAGAAGGAAGAGAAAGCAAGCAGACUGUCUGUCAAAGUCACUUCAACUUCACAAGUGUUUUUUAAUUCCAUGAAGACGCUGACGAGACGGGAGCGACCCCUCUCUGCUGAGAUGAUCUUUUAGGAGAACACAAAGGGUCAAGACUAUGGCUUGCACAGAGCCCCAAGUGGACGUGGCUCUCGUCAGCAGGGAAGGAGACGUAAAAGAGGGCGUCGGCGUCUCUUUCUCAGAGACGCUCAACAGCGGAUCUGCUCCGAAGACGGCCGAGGAGGAGAAGAAAGAGGAGCCAGCUGUGAAAGCGACUUCAGAAGAGCUCCAGACCGACACUGAAGAUGUCCGUGUGGACGUUGAUGACACACUGGAGGAUGCAAAGGAUGGACAGAUGAGAGGGGAGGAUGAAAGCGUCACACCAGAGGACCUUCUCUUGGGCAUCAAGACGCUAACAUGGCCCGAGCUCCACGUGGAAGGCUUGCAUAGCCACAGCGAGGAGGGUGCCGAGAAGGCUCACCGGCUCACCACCGACUUCCCGGAGGCGCUGUACGAGCUGCUGUGCACCCUGCAGGAGGGCCGGCGCCUCAACGACCAGCGCUGCUCCUUCAGGCUGGAGAGCGGCAUGAGGAGGAGGUGCCACUCCGAGCCCAACGCCGCCAAGCCUGCCAACAGAGUUAUCUUCUCCUCCAUGACGUCGCUGCAGAGGGAGGAGUUUUUUGAGCUGGUGGCCACGGCGCAAGCUCGCCGCUUGGACGACCAGAGGGCGCAGCUGCACAAGUCCCAGAGGGCCAAACAAAAAACCAGGAGUUUCCGAGGCAGCAUAAAGCAUCUGUCCUUCGUGAGGAGGCCUGAGAAACCGGCCCCCGUCCCCAAAGAGGAGCUGUAUAACAUGAUCCUCACCACGCAGGCCCAAGGCAGGCUGGAGGACCAGCGGAGCCGAGCUCCAGGGCCCAUGGACGAUGAGGACUUCUUCUCUCUGCUGCUGAAGGUCCAGGGGGGCCGCAUGGACGAGCAGAGGACUGAACUACCGUGCAUGCUGCAAACCUAAAAUGGACUCAAAUAGCAAAGAAUAAAAAACUGGGGGAAAUUUUCUAGUAUUGUAGCUUGAAUGUGACUUUUUAAAAAAUGUAAAUUGUAUUUGCCGUCUGAGUUUUACAUGUCAUUAAAUGUCUGCUUGCAGUUUUUGGGACACCUGGACUAUUGGGAUCAUUUUCAUUGAAUACAAAAAUAAAAUGAUAGAAAAUAAUAAA